CCUGAGCUUACCUUCGCAUCUUAAUUCUGCUCAUUCACACACAUUCACUUGUGCAAACACACACACACACACACGAGCGCUCACUCAGAAACCUGAUCAAGAUGCCGUGCCUCACCUCUUCCCGCAAGCAGAGGAUGCCAAGCACCUAUGAGUCAAUGUUGGAGAGAAUACUCAUGGUGGAUCAAAUCCUGUCUGAGUUUUUGCUGAGUAAAGAUGACCUGAAGGAGGUAAUGAGACGAAUGCAGAGGGAAAUGGACAGAGGACUUCGUCUGGAGACACAUGACGAGGCCAGCGUCAAAAUGCUGCCCACCUUCGUCUGCUCCACUCCAGAGGGCUCUGAGGUGGGGGAUUUCCUGGCUCUGGAUCUGGGGGGGACGAAUUUCCGCGUGAUGCUGGUGAAAGUGGGGGAAGACGAGGAGAGAGGGUGGAAAGUGGAGACCAAACAUCACAUGUACUCCAUCCCAGAGGACGCGAUGACCGGCACCGCGGAGAUGCUCUUUGACUACAUCGCUGAGUGUAUCUCAGACUUUCUGGAUAAACAUAAUAUGAAACACAAAAAACUGCCCCUGGGCUUCACGUUCUCCUUCCCGGUUCGCCACGAAGACUUAGACAAGGGCAUCCUGCUGAACUGGACCAAAGGGUUCAAGGCCUCUGGAGCCGAGGGCAACAACGUGGUCGGACUUCUGAGAGAUGCUAUCAAGAGGAGAGGGGACUUUGAGAUGGACGUGGUUGCCAUGGUGAACGACACAGUGGCCACUAUGAUAUCUUGUUAUUAUGAAGACCGCAGCUGUGAAGUGGGCAUGAUAGUUGGAACCGGCUGUAACGCGUGUUACAUGGAGGAGAUGCGUACCGUGGAGCUGGUGGAGGGCGAGGAGGGGAGAAUGUGUGUAAACACCGAAUGGGGAGCGUUCGGUAACAACGGCGAACUGGAGGAGUUUCUUCUGGAGUACGACAGGGUGGUGGACGAAACCUCCCUCAACCCAGGAAAGCAGCUAUAUGAGAAGCUGAUCAGCGGGAAGUAUAUGGGUGAGCUGGUACGGCUGGUGCUGGUGAAGCUGGUAAACGAGAAUUUGCUUUUCAACGGCGAGGCCUCUGACCUCCUCAAGACGCGCGGAAGCUUCGAGACCCGCUUCGUCUCUCAGAUCGAAAGUGACACGGGGGACAGGAAGCAGAUUUACAACAUCCUGAGCACGCUGGGGGCUCUCCCCUCGGAGCUGGACUGUGACAUCGUGCGUCUGGUGUGCGAGAGCGUCUCCACGCGUGCUGCUCACAUGUGCGGGGCGGGGCUCGCCGGCAUCAUCAACCGCAUGAGGGAACACCGCUGUCAGGACACGCUUAAGAUCACCGUGGGCGUUGACGGAUCUGUCUACAAACUCCAUCCCAGUUUUCAACACAGGUUCCACAAGAUUGUUCGGGAGCUGACGCCUCACUGUGACAUCACCUUCAUCCAAUCAGAAGAGGGGAGCGGCCGGGGGGCGGCCCUCAUCUCAGCCGUCGCGUGCAAGAUGGCCGGAUGCGUUUUGAGCCCGUGAUCAACGGUGCUGCCAGUCCUCCCGUCACAGAAGAGGUGGAGUCCUGGAUCGCAGCUGAAUGAAAGAUUACUGAGAUAGAGUGAUCUCUUCUUGCAGAGAAAGUCCUUUCUCUCCCUGGGCAGGUUGUCAUGCUCUUGCAUGGAGGACGUAGCCUCGAGAACGCUGGGCGCAAACCCACGUAGAUAAUUCAUUCCCUACCAUUCUGCAGAGUGAAUGUAAAAUCCAAAGCCCAAAGCCAAACAAUGAGAAAAUCACUGAAUGUUCCCGAAGCAUUGUCACAAUUUAUCCAGUAGGACGUUCAUGUACAUAUGACCAUUUCACGCGUAUUUAAGAAACUCACUUCACAAUUCUUGCAGGUCACAGUCAGUAUUAUUGGGGAUGUUGCUGAGGAUGUUUUCGUUCGUUUGUUUGUCCAUUUGUUUUUGGGUUUUUUGUUUGUUUGUUUUGGGUUUUUUUGUUUUUUUUAUUGUAUAUUGUUUUAAAUGUGGUUACACCCGUGAUCUUGAAAGAGCAGAGUUGUAUGAAAGUCGAGUUGUAUGAAAUGUGCAGAUGGAUAUUUAAUGAAGUGUUUGUUUGAAAUUCUGCUACAUUUACAUUAUAUAUUUUAGCUAUGAUGUAAUUAUGGCUUGUUUUGUUUUCUUUUUAUUUAUUACAGCGUAUGUAUUAUUAGGUAACUUAUUACUAAUUGUUUACUGAAACGGCAUCUUGGAAAAUGAAAGUAUGGUUUGUACAUGUUAAAAGUUUAAUCACUGUAAAUAAAAUUA